GGGUGCUAAAAGGAUCUCUAGGGUAGGGAGGCGGUCCCAGGGGGGCGAGUAGGAGUAGGGGUGUGUGCCAGGUGGUACCGGGUAUUGGCCGGGGGGCGGGGGAAGGCAUUUCCGGGGUUCAGGGCGGUCCCUGAAUCUAAAGGCCCUCAGCUAGUCUGAUCCUUGCCCUAAGCAUAGUCCCGCUAGCCAACCCCUACCAGCCGUGGGUUCUGCUGCCCAGUGCUCGUCAGCAUGUCCUUUAUUCCGGUGGCCGAGGACUCCGACUUUCCCAUCCAAAACCUGCCCUAUGGUGUUUUCUCCACUCAAAGCAACCCAAAGCCACGGAUUGGUGUGGCCAUCGGUGACCAGAUCUUGGACCUGAGUGUCAUUAAACAUCUCUUUACCGGGCCUGUUCUCUCCAAACAUCAGCAUGUCUUCGAUGAGACAACUCUCAAUAACUUUAUGGGCCUGGGUCAAGCUGCAUGGAAGGAGGCAAGAGCAUUCUUACAGAACUUACUGUCUGCCAGCCAAGCCCAGCUCAGAGAUGACAAGGAGCUUCAGCAGCGUGCUUUCACUUCCCAGGCUUCUGCCACGAUGCACCUUCCUGCUACCAUAGGAGACUACACGGACUUCUACUCUUCUCGGCAGCAUGCCACUAAUGUUGGCAUUAUGUUCAGGGGCAAGGAGAAUGCGCUGUUGCCAAAUUGGCUCCACUUACCUGUGGGAUACCAUGGCCGAGCUUCCUCUGUUGUGAUAUCUGGCACCCCGAUUCGAAGACCCAUGGGACAGAUGAGACCUGAUAACUCAAAGCCGCCUGUGUAUGGCGCCUGCAGACUCUUAGACAUGGAGUUGGAAAUGGCUUUCUUUGUAGGCCCUGGGAACAGAUUUGGAGAGCCAAUCCCCAUUUCCAAAGCCCACGAACAUAUUUUCGGGAUGGUCCUCAUGAACGACUGGAGUGCACGAGAUAUCCAGCAAUGGGAAUAUGUCCCCCUUGGGCCAUUCCUGGGGAAAAGCUUUGGAACAACCAUCUCCCCAUGGGUGGUGCCUAUGGAUGCCCUCCUGCCGUUUGUGGUGCCAAACCCGAAGCAGGACCCUAAGCCCUUGCCAUAUCUCUGCCACAGCCAGCCCUACACAUUUGAUAUCAACCUGUCUGUUGCUUUGAAAGGAGAAGGAAUGAGCCAGGCGGCUACCAUCUGCAGGUCCAACUUUAAGCAUAUGUACUGGACCAUGCUGCAGCAACUCACACAUCACUCUGUUAACGGAUGCAAUCUGAGACCUGGGGACCUCUUGGCUUCUGGAACCAUCAGUGGAUCUGACCCUGAAAGCUUUGGCUCCAUGCUGGAACUGUCCUGGAAGGGAACAAAGCCCAUCGACGUGGGGCAGGGGAAGACCAGGACCUUCCUGCUGGAUGGCGAUGAAAUCAUCAUAACAGGUCACUGCCAGGGGGACGGCUACCGUGUUGGUUUUGGCCAGUGUGCUGGGAAAGUGCUGCCUGCCCUCUCUCCAGCCUGAAGCUUCGGAAGCCACAGGACAGAGAGCCUUGCCUGUGAGGAUGGUGCUACAGCUGCAUCAGUCAGGAAUGAAUAAAGCUACUUUGAUUGUGGGAAAUGCUA